AUGAAUACCAUGGAGUGGUUAUUGGUCAUUUCAAUUUUUGUCGGCUACGCUAUAGAAGCUGAACCGAGGAUAAGGAUAAACAGGGGGCCUUUUCUAAUUCCUGUUUCAUAUGGAAAUCCCGGGCGGCCACCGCAAGGACACCCUUUACCGCCAGGAGGAGGAGGACAGCACUGGCCGGGACAAAUGUCGCCACCAGCAGAUUACGUACCGCCGUGGGAUUUUCGUCCAGGACCUGGGCAACAGGGACAGGGACCUUCAUAUGUGCGUCCGCCUUCACCACAAGGACAGGGACCUUCAUAUGUGCGUCCGCCUUCACCACAAGGACAGGGACCUUCAUAUGUAACUCCACCAUCCUGGAUGCCACCGCAGUGGCGAAGAUACUGAAGUCGAUAUAAGAUGUUUUGAGCAAAACCGCGUUAUGAUUCUGCCAACAUACAAUCAGUGUCAAAUAUUGUAGUUGACUGAAAACAUUUGAAGGCCCUUUGCCGAGAG